AUGAAUUUCUCUGUGAUAUUUUUAAUACUCGCUGUUUCAAAAGUUUGUGUUUUUGCUGACGAACUACCUGAUAUCGAGUCAAUUCAACCUGAGCCACUAAGUAGAUUCAAAAGACAACUUGGUUUUGGUCUAAUCGGUGGUGGCAUUGGAUUGGGAAGUAUUGGAGUCUAUCCUGGUUAUGGAGGAGGCUAUGGUGGAUAUGGAGGAGGUUAUGGUGGAUAUAGCAACUAUGGUGGAUAUGGUUAUGGUGGUGGAUACGGAGGAGGCUAUGGUGGAUAUGGAAGACCUUUCCACCAUCAUCAUCAUGGAGGAUUUGGUGGAUUUUAUUAA